ACACGAAGACGAGAAAAAAUAAAGAACGAAAAAAAUCGAAAACAUUAUCAUUUCGGUGGCAGAAAUUUGAUACUUUUUGCAAUUUCUCCUCGAGUGUACGGCUGUUCUAUAUUGCCACUGCUAAAUGUGUUAGCUAAUUCGCUACACGGAAAUCUACGUCGAGUGGUGACUGUGCAAGAUUGUGUGGUGCAUUUUGCGUACGUUCAUGUAAACGACACAAAGGAAGAGCGUUCAGCAAAAACAACACAACGGGGGCACUAGCAACUAACCCGCGAGCUAGCAUCCGCUAUGGCCAAUGUACGAAUGUCCCAGCCGGGCACUCCGGCCACCACCCAGCCAAACUACAUGAAAGUAUUCAUCCAGCGGGAUUACAGCGAAGGCACGUCGGUAAAGUUCCAGAACCGUUUCCCCCCGGAGUUGGAGAGUAGGAUCGAUAGACACACUUUUGAGAGCACCAUGAACAAACUGAACGAAUAUUUCGCCGAGGCGGAGAAAGGCUCCUGCAGCACGUACUGCGAGGGCUGUCUGGCCUGUAUCACGGCAUACUUGAUCUACAUUUGCACGGAAACGCACUACGAAAAGUGUCUCCGGAAGGUGUCGAAAUAUAUUGCGAUGCAGAACGAGCGGGUGUACAAUCCAAAGGGACUACAGAUCACGGACCCAGUGUAUCGCGGGCUGCGCGUAAUAGAAAUUUCCAUACUGGACCGGCCGGGGCGUACGUGACUGCCGCUGUCCCAUUCAACGGAGGAGUUUUUCAUGUAGGAAGGUGUCGCCCAUGCGUAGCCCAACGUGUCCUCCGGCGAAUAAGCAGGAAACGCAGCAUUAGCGUGCAGCAAUCGUAUGGAAACUUAAAGAUUAAACAAAACUUCCAAUCGACGAUACAGUGCGGGGCGGGACGGCGUACCCUUGCGGUAUGCAAUCCAGGACUUCCCCUCAUCGGUAGGACCGCGACAGGACAGACACGCCAGACACAAGGACACGUAUACGCAAAACGAACACAUAUUUCAGGUACGACUUCUUCGACUGCCCCAUAGAGACACAUUAUUCCUGUAGAGAACGUCUACGAACUAGACAACGAUACGCUCGAGAAGAUUUUCUGUGCUCAGCGUCAGCGGGACGAACAUGAACAUGUUGAAUAUAUUUA